GCAGGAGCCGCUGCACCCGCCCGAAGGACAGCAAGCAGGAGCCGCUGCACCCGCCCGAAGGACAGCAAGCAGGAGCCGCUGCGACCCGUGCGGCGCGGCCGCCACGCCGCCCUCCGGCCUGCAGAACGGAUUUAAACGGCGCCCGCUCCCACCAAUCACUGCCCGCCCGGCUCGGCGCUCGCCCCGCCCCUGCCGCAUGCUCGCCUUUCCAUUGGUCACCGGCGUUGAAUUUUAAACCCUGCCGCCCUGCCCCUUAGCAACUGCAUCCCUCGGCGCCCGCCGAUUGGCCGCCGCCUGGCAUCGCCUCGCGCUCUGAUUGGGCGAGGCUCGGCCAGUGCUGGCCGGCCGCUACCGAACUGCUACUUUCAAAAGCGCCGGGCCGGAGGUGCGGGCACAGCGCACCGGGCAUGGCUUGCUCACAGAGACCAAGGGAGAGGAUGCCAUUGCCACGCAAUGCCAAGAUGCUGACCACCAAGCAGUCCCGAGCAGGCAAGGUAGGCCCUGCUGCAGAGAAUGUCGAUCCUGAGAAGCCUCUAUUGCAGGAGGAGAGCUGUCAUGCCAAGAGGUCUUCAUCCUCACCCCAGGGCGGGCCCAAGAAGAGAUCAGCAUUUGGAGACAUCACCAAUGCUCGCAAGAACCAGGUGGUGGCAGGGAAGAAGGAGGCUGUGAAGGUUGCUCCACCCAAGGCGCAGAGGGCACAUAAUGCCUUAGGGGUGGCCAAGAACAAUGAGAUCAACCUAAAAAAGUCAAUGAAGAAAACUCCCCCAACAGCUCCUGCAGAGCCCAGAGUGGAUCCUGUGCCAGAGAAGCCGGUGUUUGUACAGGAACUGAAGCCCCCUGAGCAGAGGCAGGUGCCAGCAGUGGAGGACAUUGACAAGGAGCAGCUGGGUGACCCCUACGCCAAUGCAGAGUAUGCCAAGGAGAUCUUUGAAUACAUGCGGGAAAGAGAGGAAAAAUUCAUGCUUCCUGACUACAUGGAGAAGCAGACAGACAUCAGUGGGGACAUGCGUGCUAUCCUUGUGGACUGGAUGGUGGAGGUGCAGGAGAACUUUGAGCUGAACCACGAGACACUGUACCUGGCUGUGAAGCUAGUGGACCACUACCUGGUGGAGGUGGUGAGCAUGAGGGAGAAGCUGCAGCUCAUCGGCUCCACUGCUAUCCUUAUUGCCUCCAAAUUUGAGGAGCGGUGCCCACCAUGUGUGGAUGACUUCCUCUAUAUCUGUGAUGAUGCCUACAAGCGGGAGGAGCUUAUUGCUAUGGAGAUGAGCAUCCUCAGCACCCUCAAGUUCGACAUCAACAUCCCCAUCCCCUACCGCUUCCUGCGGCGCUUUGCCAAGUGUGCCCGUGCCACCAUGGAGACACUGACGCUGGCCCGCUUCCUCUGCGAGAUGACCCUGCAGGAGUAUGACUACGCCCGUGAGAGCCCCUCGAAGCUCGCUGCCAGCUGCCUGCUGCUGGCACUUACCAUGAAGAACCUUGGGGGCUGGACCCCUACACUGGAGUACUACAGUGGGUACAGUGCCCAGGACCUGCACCCCCUGGUGAAGAGGCUGAAUUUCCUGCUCACAUACCAGCCCCGUGACAAGCUGAAUGCUGUGCGCAGCAAGUACUCACACAGGGUCUUCUUUGAGGUUGCCAAAGUCACCCCCAUGGACAUGCUCAAGCUCGAGGAGACGCUCACUAGCUCCUAGCCCUACUCUGUGAAUAAGCCUGUAAAUAAUGGGGUACCCUCAAGCAGGGUGGUACCAUGUACAUAAGUAAUAGUUAUUUUAACUGAGGAAGAGGUGGGGGGGAAAAAAGUCAUAUGUAACUGUUAAUAAAAUGUGUUUGUUGUA